ACUGUUUUUGUUGAUGCACCCACAUGAGGUACUGACUAUGCUAUGCUAGAAUAACGAUUACCUUAGGGUUCUCGGCAAAAUAUCUGCCUUCUUUAUAGUUUUCUGUUGAAUUACAUUAAAUAAUAAUGAAACUGAAAGAGUUGGAGAGUUGUCUUCAACAAGUGGAUGUAUUUGAAGAGCCCAAAAUCCUGCUGGAGCAGUAUCCAACGAGCCCACACAUUGCAGCGUGCAUGCUUUACACGAUACACAAUACAUUUGAUGACAUCGAAGGUAAACUGGUGGCUGAUCUGGGAUGCGGUUGUGGAGUCCUAAGUAUCGGGGCAUCUAUGCUUGAUGCUGGUCUGUGUGUCGGUUUGGAUAUCGACGACGACGCGUUGGACAUAUUCCGGAGAAACGUCGAGGAGUUUGAGGCUCCCAACGUAGACAUCCUCCAGUGUGACCUGAGUGCUCUGCAGGAUGAUGCCUUCAGUAAAAAAUUCGAUACCGUCAUCAUGAAUCCACCUUUCGGUACCAAACACAAUCAAGGAAUGGACAUGAGGUUUUUGCAAACUGCGCUAACCAUGGCAGAGACAGCUGUGUACUCGCUACACAAGACAGCAACUCGAGAGCACAUUGAAAAGAAAGCAAAGGACUGGGGGGUAAAAAUGGACGUUAUUGCAGAACUCAGAUACGACUUGCCAGCAUCAUACAAGUUCCACAAAAAGAAAUCGGUUGACAUCCAGGUGGACUUCCUUCGAUUCUCCACAGCCUGAAGUUUGGAAUGAGUUUUUUUUUUUUUCAUUUACAUGACUCAUA